CACACAAUCUACCCGGCAGCAUGCAAAGAGGUGAGACUCGUCAUACCCCUCCCGCUCUGCCGAGUCAAACGCUCGUCGCCACUCACACAUCGACCAUCGCUCGGAUCGAGAAUAUUCUGCUCGGGGUUCCGAUCCGAGAUCCGCUUAGGAUGUAUUACAUAACGCAUAAACGCCCGGUCAUAGCAAGUCAUUACGGCAUGCACAAUCAGUGUAUGCGUUAUUAGCGUUCGAGAUGACGAUUGAUCGCUUUGUUGAUCUUGUCAAAAAGCCCGAGAAGCAUCGACCUUUGCCCUUCAGCAUACUCCUUGCUACCAGGCUACCUCAUUCCACAAACCGUCGACCACCAACUCUGCAGCAAUCAACUAGAACGCCGACCAGGGAUUCACACUCACUUUGAAUAGAGAGACGUGCAACGAUGUCCACACGGCACGACUACUACCAAACGGAUACCCUCGUGUAUAUCAGCAUCUACAGAAAGAAAGUUGCCGAGGAUGAAUUGAAGGUGGAAUCCCUGGCUCAUUCCUUGAAAGUCUCUGUCGGCGAUGAGACGUUGCUCGACCUUCAACCUCUCUGGGCGGAUAUCAAUCCCGCGUCGACUGCCACAAAGGUCUUUGGGACCAAGGUCGAGAUCAAACUAGAAAAAUCCAACCCCGGACCAUCCUGGCCGAACCUCACUAGGUCGGCUCAGGAUCAAGAUCAAGAUCAGCCUUUGGCUUCUACGUCUACCUACAUCCAGCCGCCUACCGCUUCCACCUCUACCACUUCCAAUCCUGCCAACCUCACCUCUACUUCCGCCUCUUCUGCUCCUACUGGCCCUCGACGGAACAAAUUCGACACCCUCGACCUCGAUGCCGACCUCGAAGAAGACCAAGACCAAGCCGGCAAAGGUACCUCGGAGAAGGACUUGGAAAAGUUCUUCCAAACCCUCUACGGCGACUUGCCGCCAGAGGGGAGGAGGGCGAUGAUGAAGUCGUUCACCGAGUCGGGGGGGACGGUGUUGAGUACCGAUUGGGGUGAUGUGGGCGGGAGAAAGGUCGAGGCGCAGCCGCCGAAGUAGCGGGAGGAAGGCUGAAGCGCAUCCGCCGAAGUGGGAGUACGAGCAGGCGCCUGGGUGGUUGUGUGCGAGGCGGACGCAGGGGAGUUGAGGAUAAUCGAACGGAAUGCGAGCGGGGGAGGUUCACGGACGACCACAAUCAACGUCGGCUGCACAUGGCGCUCAAGAUGCGAAAUACGAGAAAAAAGAUACAAGAUGGAAAGUACAAGCAUGGCGGGGAUCGGGCGGAACCAGGGUUGAUAGAUGGUUUAUGAGUUGGAGCGGGACAUAAAUGGGCUCAGACGAGUCUGUUGUACAAUACAAUACAUUACGAGACUGACGAUAUACGACAAGAAUACGUUCACGACC